AUGAGCUCAGAGUUAAAUAAGUCACUCUCAGCAUUGGAGAGGCAAAUCUUUGACUUCCUUGGCUUCCAGUGGGCACCAAUUCUUGGAAAUUUUCUACACAUAAUAGUCGUCAUAUUGGGUUUGUUUGGAACCAUUCAAUACAGACCUCGAUAUAUUGUUGUGUACACAGUAUGGACUGCCCUCUGGGUCACCUGGAAUGUGUUCAUUAUCUGCUUUUAUUUGGAAGUAGGUGGGCUCUCUAAGGAUACAGAUCUGAUGACAUUCAACAUUUCUGUACACCGGUCAUGGUGGCGGGAGCAUGGGCCUGGUUGUGUCCGAAGAGUGCUGCCUCCGUCAGCCCACGGCAUGAUGGAUGACUACACAUAUGUCUCCGUCACAGGCUGCUUUGUUGACUUCCAGUACCUAGAGGUCAUCCACAGUGCUGUCCAGAUACUACUCUCUUUGGUCGGUUUUGUGUAUGCCUGUUAUGUGAUCAGUAUUUUCAUGGAAGAAGAGGACACCUUUGACUUCAUAGGUGGACUUGAUGCACAAUCCUACUACCAGGAUCAUGUUGAGUUAAAGCCUGUUAACCUGUCGAAAUAAGUAACGGCGCUGACUCUGAAACUUGGCUGCUGAACUUGACUUAGGAAGCAAAGCACCACUGAGAGCAUGUCUCCACAUUGACACGUUUCACUUCCUCCCAGAGGACGGCCUGCGCCUCCCUACUUCCCCACAAAUCAUGGAGUUCUUUGGUCACAGCCUAUGUAUUAUUAGCAUUGUGCGCUAGAUGAGUUGUAGGUGAUUGGGUGGGUAUUUUUUAAGUCAUUUUCUUCGUAUAUGAAUACUUGUAAAUUAUUUUUAAAAAUCGAUUUUUCAUUUUUUAACAAAUUUAAUGUGAGGCAUGCAAAAUGAAAAAAUUUCAUGAAAACCUUCUACAGUCAAUUCUAAGAGAAAUACUGGGUUUUGUA